CACUGGUUCUACUUAGUUGAGAGUUGCCAUGUUGUUGCGUUUUAGGGGUGUGCUACACCAUCAAAAUAAAAUUAUUCAAUUGAUUGUAAACUAAUAAGUGUAAAUUAACGAAAAGUAUAACGGAAUAUGCGAGUUAUUUUUCGUGAUAGACGGGAAGUGUUAUUUUGUGCUCUCCGGAAAGCUAGAAUUCAACACACGUGGAGUGGAAAACAGUAAUAAAGGUGAAUGAUCCAAAUACCUACAUGUGGGCCUAAAAACAGCAGAUUCGGAAGUUUAUACCUACGAGUGAUUAAUAGCUAGUUAGUUUUUUAACCUAAAUCCUGUUUAAUUUAUCAAUGUGCUAUGCAUGCACAUUUGUUAUUGUUUUGCUCAGUAGUGCUUCCGAGUUUUUUCUUGUGUACAGUGAAGUGCUGUGACUGUCGUGUCGUCAAUCGAGAGCGAUCAGUCCAUUCCUUGCGACAAGGGGAGUGAACUUUGAUAUAUUCAAUCGAGUUUAGUCUGGUGGUUUUCAAUUUAUUAUUAAUUAAAUAUGUUUAUAUCAUGUGGCCUAAGCAAUAUACCCCAAUUAUUGUGCAAGAUUUCCUGAAUAGACGAGAGAAUCCCAUAAUCGAAGUAUGUUGUGUUCGUCGGAUUGACUGGUUGUUGUUUUUCUGUCUUCGUCUCUCUCGAAACGGAAGUGCCUGUGUCUGUGAAAGCAUAAUAUCGGCUGGCCUUGGAAAGCGGGAGGUUAGUGGCCUUAAGCACGCGGGAUUGUUUACCCAGUGACAGCAUGGAAGUUGGUGGCCAUUAAGGUGGAUCAUCUUAUGUUAACCCCGGCUGUAAUAUUCAAUCAGCCGUGGGUUGAGGAAGACAGUAGAACACCCUCUAACUUCAAUCUUAGCGCUCCAUGGCGUGGCACAAGCACGAACACGUAAUGCUCAUGGAUAAAAAUAAACCAAAAAUGCCAGUCGCACCUGGUGGAGGAGGUGAUAUGUCUCUGACUCAGAGACGGCAUGUUCCCCUGUAUGGCCGCUUGGUGGCCGAAGAUACUCUCGGGAUUCCCCCGAUGUCUAAUUCCUCCUCUACGGAUAUCCAAGCGAUGCAGGCGAGGAUACCUCCCACAUUUAGAGAUUCGUCUUUGGCACCACUUAGGAAACUUAGCGUCGACCUUAUCAAGACUUAUAAACAUAUUAACGAGGUAUACUAUGCCAAGAAGAAACGGCGGGCAGCGCAGAUCCAGGGCGAGGAUACGUCCCACAAGAAAGAGAGGAAGAUUUAUAACGAUGGUUAUGACGACGACAACCACGACUACAUAGUAAAAAAUGGUGAAAAGUUCCUGGAGAGAUACGAAAUCGACUCUCUUAUCGGCAAAGGAUCGUUUGGUCAAGUAGUUAAGGCGUUCGAUCACGUCGAACAGUGUCACGUGGCUAUAAAGAUUAUUAAAAAUAAGAAACCCUUUCUUAACCAGGCUCAAAUCGAAGUUAAGUUAUUAGAGAUGAUGAAUAGGGCCGACGUUGAGAAUAAAUAUUAUAUAGUUAAAUUAAAAAGACAUUUCAUGUGGAGGAAUCAUUUGUGUCUAGUAUUCGAACUGCUUUCCUACAACUUAUAUGAUUUACUUCGAAACACCAAUUUCCGCGGUGUGUCAUUGAAUCUCACGAGAAAAUUCGCGCAGCAGCUCUGUACAGCCUUACUCUUUUUGUCAACGCCCGAACUCAACAUUAUACACUGCGAUCUUAAACCGGAAAACAUACUGCUAUGCAACCCGAAAAGGUCCGCCAUUAAAAUCGUCGACUUCGGAAGUUCUUGCCAACUGGGUCAAAGGAUAUACCAGUAUAUUCAGUCGAGGUUUUACAGGUCGCCUGAAGUACUUUUAGGAAUUCCAUACGAUUUAGCUAUAGAUAUGUGGUCUUUGGGAUGCAUAUUGGUCGAGAUGCAUACAGGAGAACCUUUAUUUAGUGGUGCCAAUGAAAUUGAUCAGAUGAAUAAGAUUGUUGAGGUGCUGGGCAUGCCGCCCAAGCAUCUGCUGGAUCAAGCUAAUAAAACGAGGAAAUUUUUUGACAAAUUACCAGGAGAGAGAAGGUACAUACUGAAGAAAAGUAAAGACGGCAAAAAAUACAAAAUACCAGGUACCAGAAGACUUCACGACAUCUUAGGCGUUGAGACGGGCGGUCCUGGUGGCAGACGAGCCGGCGAGGUCGGCCAUUCGAUGUCCGACUAUCUAAAAUUCAAAGACCUAAUACUCCGCAUGCUGGAAUACGAUCCGAAAUCGAGAAUCUCCCCGUAUUAUGCUUUGCAGCACAAUUUCUUUAAGCGUACGUCAGACGAGAGUACAAACACGGCAAAUAGUACGAGCUCUAGCCCUGCAGUCGCUUCUCUUGAUAUGUCUUUGGUAAAUUCUGGUAGUCAACACGGAUUAAACUUAGGAGGUCGUUCAAAAGAUGUAUCCGAACAAAACUACUUAUCUUCAGCGUACACAUCAAUGGAAUGUGACCCAUCGCCGUCGCGUCACAUACACCGGCAGCGAUUUCAGUCCUCGAUGCUAAACCACGGCUCCUCGUCCCUUCAGUACGUCCCCUACCCAACUACUAGAAUGGAAAGCACACCCCCCAAGCACUCUCACUCCCAAAACGGUCCUCAAAACAAGUCUGACGAUCAAGAAGACAGUCCUAUGGUUUGUGUUCAGCAGAGCCCGGUGGCCAUCCACUGAGCUCUACCAAUUUCGGCCUUUCCGGGCACAAGAACUUAG